AUGGCCGAGGAGGCCACGGAGCCCACCGAGGCGGACAUCACGGGGCUGUGCCAGGUCAUGUUCUCCAAAAUGGCCACACACCUGACAGGCGAGUUGACCGCCACCAGUGAAGACUACAAACUUCUGGAAAAUAUGAACAAACUGACUAGCCUGAAGUAUCUAGAAAUGAAAGAUAUUGCAGUAAACAUAAGCAGAAACCUAAAGGACUUAAACCAGAAACAUGCAGCACUUCAGCCUUAUCUGGAUCAGAUCACUUUAAUUUAG